GCGCCCCGCCCCUCUCCCCAGAGCUACGCGGCGGCAGAGCGGAGGCCUCGUGCCCUAACGGCCAUCGCGGUGGCCGCGGUGGCAUCCCGGUGCCCUCCUCAGUGCAGAAGCUGCUGAAAAAUGGCAGAAGAAGUGGUGGUAGUAGCCAAAUUUGAUUAUGUUGCACAACAAGAACAAGAGCUUGACAUCAAGAAGAAUGAGAGACUGUGGCUUUUGGAUGAUUCUAAGUCCUGGUGGCGAGUACGAAAUUCGAUGAAUAAAACAGGUUUUGUGCCUUCUAACUAUGUGGAAAGGAAAAACAGUGCCCGGAAAGCAUCUAUUGUAAAAAACCUAAAAGAUACCUUAGGCAUUGGAAAAGUGAAAAGAAAACAUAGUGUGCCAGAUUCUGCAUCUCCUGCUGAUGAAAGCUUUGUUGACCCAGGGGAACGUCUCUAUGAUCUCAACAUGCCUGCUUAUGUGAAAUUUAACUACAUGGCAGAGAGAGAGGAUGAAUUGUCAUUGAUAAAAGGGACGAAGGUGAUCGUCAUGGAGAAAUGCAGUGAUGGUUGGUGGCGGGGUAGCUACAAUGGACAAAUUGGAUGGUUUCCUUCAAACUAUGUAACUGAGGAAGGUGACAGUCCUUUGGGUGACCAUGUGGGUUCCUUGUCAGAGAAAUUAGCAGCAGUCGUCAAUAACCUAAAUACUGGACAAGUGUUGCAUGUGGUACAGGCUCUUUACCCAUUCAGCUCCUCCAAUGAUGAAGAACUUAAUUUCGAGAAAGGAGAUAUAAUGGAUGUUAUUGAAAAACCUGAAAAUGAUCCUGAGUGGUGGAAAUGCAGGAAGAUCAAUGGAAUGAUUGGUCUGGUGCCAAAAAACUAUGUUACCAUUAUGCAGAAUAAUCCAUUAACCUCGGGUCUAGAACCAUCACCUCCACAGUGUGAUUACAUUAGGCCUUCACUCACUGGAAAAUUUGCUGGCAAUCCAUGGUAUUAUGGCAAAGUCACCAGGCACCAGGCAGAAAUGGCAUUAAAUGAAAGAGGCCGUGAAGGUGAUUUCCUCAUUCGUGAUAGUGAAUCUUCGCCAAAUGAUUUCUCUGUAUCACUAAAAGCACAAGGGAAAAACAAGCAUUUUAAAGUCCAACUAAAGGAGACCCUCUACUGCAUUGGGCAGCGUAAAUUCAGCACGAUGGAAGAACUUGUAGAACAUUACAAAAAGGCACCAAUUUUUACAAGUGAACAAGGAGAGAAAUUAUAUCUUAUUAAGCAUUUAUCAUGAUAUUGUUGACCAGAAGUGACUGCUACACAGUUGUAAUUCAUCAUGUAAUUGAAGACUGAGAAAAUGUCAGUCCAGUCAUGCUUGAUUGGAAACUGCUGUUUCUAACUCUAUGAGAAUUGACUGUAAUACAUAAGUAUUUUUUAUUAUAACUCGGCACAUACAUAUAUUUACUACAUAUGCCAAGCAUCUGCAUAGAGCAAUUCCUUAUCCUUGGUCUUCUGUUUUAUUGGGAUUUUUUUGGCUGUUUUUCUCUUUGCUUCUAAUAGUAAGGUUUUAUAUUUUGAAAAAAUAAUGCAAGUCAAAAGUCUUUAUAUGGAAGAAUUUCUUUAUUGCCUCUUCUUUAUUUCUGUGUAAGGGCACCACCUUAGUUACUUCUGCAAUGGUUUCUCAUCAUAUAAAAUUAUUAUAUCAAUUAUAUCAAUAUAUGGCAUAUGCUAAAAUAAAUUUCUUGGAGAGUUAAUCUUUUCUGUGACUAAAUAGCAAUAAUAAAUGGAAAAUUAGAAAUUA